AUGGCCUUCGUGACGAAGUUUGCGUUCGCCAUGGGACUGCUGCUCGGGCCUACGGCUCCACGGCUGGUGGGCUUCUGCCUGCUGAUGAUGAGCAUGUGGUCUCUGAGGCUUCACCCCCGGAAGGUCCUCGACAUGAGCUGGCUGGACCUUUUGGUAGCCUUGAGGGCCACCUGGAGGCGCCGAGACCGCAGUAGCCUGGAGCAGGAGAUCAGCAAGAGCUGGGGCUCCGAGGUGCUGGUGACGCUUUCGGUGAGAUCGGGGUUCGAUCUGCUUCUCUCGGCUUUGGCGCUCCCCAAGGGAUCAGAAGUUCUGUUCAUCCCCGGCAUCACCAUCCCAGGAAUGGUUCAGAUAGUGGAAGCCCAUGGGCUCCAGCCCGUGGGGGUUGACCCACCUUCGCCGACGCAGAUGCUCCCAGGCAAGCUGGCUCCAUUCGUGACGCCGCAGACCCGCAUGGUUGUGAUCUCGCACCUCUUCGGGAGCAUUCACAAAGCUUCGGACCUGAUUCGCGAGGCUCAGGCUCUGGGCUUGCUGGUGGUGGAGGACUGCGCGCAGUCCUUCGUAGGCAGUGCGGCGACGCGCUCCCUUGCUUGUGCCUGGCCUAUGGGCUUCCGUGGCCACGAGGUCUCCGAUGUCACGCUCUCGAGCUUCGGCAACAUCAAAACCUUAACGGCCUUGGGAGGGGGGGUUGUCCGUGUCCGUGACGCCAAGCUGCGUUCUCGCAUGCGGGAGAUUGAAGUUGCAUGGCCGGUGCGGAGCAGGGGGCAGAGGCUGUGGACAGUUUUUCGAGCGGUUAUCUCAAAGCUGUUCUUGACGCCCAUGCUUUACGGGCUCUUGGAGGCGGUGAUAACGAUGCUGGGUCUGGACUUUGACCACCUCAUUGUAACUUACGUCCGUGGCUUUGCCAAGUUGGAGUAUAUCCGACAGCAGCCCACCCUGGAGCUUCUAGAGCUCUUGUCGUGGCGGCUGCAGUCGCAGCAGGUAGCAGCCUUCGAAGACGCCUCGCUGCGCUCUUCCGUCAGCCGACGACGGCGCCUGGCCAGGAUCGUCAUCGAGCGUUUGGAGAAGGAAGGCAUCGAGUUCGUGUCCAAGGGUGACGGCACGAAUGCUUGGUGGCUUCUGCCCAUUCUCUGUGAUGACCCCAGGCGGAUGGCGAAAGAGCUGGUCUCCCGCGGCUUCGAUGCCACGAGCACCACCACGCAGCUGCAGCGCGUGGUGGCGGCUGCCACGUGCAAGCAGCAGGCCUUGAGGAUGUCCGAUGGCCAGGACUUCAUGAGCCGCGUCGUCUACCUGCCCUUGACGCCCGUCCUGCGAGAGGCGGAGGCAGCGGCUCUGGCCGAGGCCACCCUGGCUGCCCGAGAGGCCAUGCGUCGCGGCGCGGCGGCGCCGCAGGGACGCCCAAAUGCAGGCAGCAGCCUGCUGGUUUCCCUUGUUGGCCUACUCUUUCUCGUCUGGCCUGCGCUGAUGACAUGGUUCCUGCCUUCGACGAGCACCAUGCGAAGCCUGAUGUGUUGGGCCGGAGUUUUGGGCAUCGUGCUCCUGAUUCUUGUGAGGUGGCUUGCAGCAGACAAGGGCUUGAAACUGGACCCCAAAGUCCUUGAGGCCCUGCCUCCUGUGGUGCGAAGUGAGGGCUUGGAGAUUUGCAAGAAGAUCCCUCUGAGUGUGCGCAUUGAUGGAGCUGUGCUCUUGACUGGUGGUACCGGCUUCGUGGGUGGCGGCAUCCUUUUCUCCUUGCUAGCACGUGCUGAGGAACUGGGCAUCACAAAGAUUGUGCUCAUGGUUCGGCAGCGCUCAGGUAAGAGUCUCGCGGAGCGCAUCAAGAAACUGCGGGAUCACAUCAUGUUCGACGAAGUUCGCGAGGCCUUCGACAAGCUCGUUGUGGGCCUUGAGGGCGACACUUCACAGCGGAAUUUCGGAUGGACAGAGGCGCAGCCGUUGUGGCCACACAAGGAGUGCUUGAAGGCCGUCCUACACUGCGCCGGGGACGUCCGCUUCCAGCAGCCCAUGCAGCAGGCUGCCGUGUCGCUGAUCUCUGCGACGCUCCAGAUGCAGCAGCUCGCCUCGCAGUGGAAGGCCAAGCGCUUCCUGUUCGUCUCCACCGCCUUCGUGCAUGCGGUGCCACCGCCCAGCACCGAAGCACUGCAGGAGAGGCUGGUAGAGCUGCGGGAUUUCGAUGCCAUGGAGCUCUACCGCGAUGCAAUGUCGCACGGUGGUUGGGCACAGACAGCUAUGCGAGAGCUAGGUUUUCCCAACACCUACACAUUCUGCAAGGCUGUCGCUGAGCACCUGGUGAUCCGAGCAUGUGAUUCCGAAGGCUUGGAUGUGCGGAUUGUCCGGCCUUCCAUCGUAGGGCCUGCCUGGGCAUAUCCUUUCAUUGGAUGGGCGGGAGACAAGCCCUCCACCAUCGUCGGUGCAGGGACCCUCCUUGCAAAGCGCGGGGUCCGGGCCUUUCGGGACGCCUUCGACCACCCCUGCCCGGUGGUGCCCGUGGACAUGGUGGCUGACAUCUCCGUGAAGGCCUUGGGCGGGGCCUUCAGCAGCGAGCAUGGGCGGAUCUUCCAGGCCUGCUUGGACUCUUCGGAGGCACACCAGAUGCCCUCCUUCCGAUUCUUCACUGCCCACUACUACCAGUUGCUGGCGCUCAGGGGGAGCCUCUCCCUUGCAGAGCUGGGCCUCAUGGCCAAGCUACUGCGUUGGUGCGACAACGCCACAGUUUUCCACAUCGUGCAUGCCCUCAUCAAUGUCCUGCCCAUGAAGCUCUUGGGCCUUCUUCGCAUUUGUUUGGAGAGGAUUUUCGCCUUGGUGGGCAUGAGGCUCAGCAAGCAGUUUUCCACAAUGGUGAAAGUGCUAGAAUCCUGCUGCACCUUGCCGAUGCAGUAUCAUUCGUUCUCGAGUCCAUGCGUGCCAUGGCACUUCCAGUCGACGCUGCGAUUGCCAGAGCAGUGGGACUUCCACGAGUACUUUUUGAUCUGCUGCCGGGCCGGCUACGCCUUUGCCCGGCCAAGCGCUGGGCAGCUGCUGGCCCCAGGGCGCAACUAUGCCAAGGAGUUUGCAGAGAUCCAAAUCUUCGGUCCCAGCUCGGUCCUUUCGGAUCUGAUCACCGCCUUCGCACACCCCAAUGCUGGGCCGCUCUAUGCGAUAGCGGCCUUUGUGGUGAGGCAGGGCCUGAGUUGGCUGAACCUCACAGUGACCGUGGAUGGCGCCUCCCUGCAGUCUAUCAGCAAACUGGAUGUGCCCUUAGUGCUAUGCCCACAGCAUCGCUCCGUUCUCGACUUUGUGAUCAUUGGGCUCACAUGCUUCCAGCUGCAACCUGUUCUGCCUGCAUUGCAGCUCCCCCAAGUGGCAGCAGACGCAGAAUUCUCUGGCCUGCCCUUUCUGGGAUGGGCCUUGGCCGGGCUGGGCGCCUUCUUCGUGCGCCGCGGCGGGGGCUCGGUGCAGCCGGACCCCGCUCUGCGAGCCAAGGUCGGCAAGGUCUUUCGAAGUGGGCGGCCGUUGGAAGUCUUCCUGGAAGGCUUGCGCAGCCGCGGACGCAGGCAGCUGCGGCUACGAACCGGGCUGCUCAAGGCUUUGAGGGACAUCUCUCAGAGGACGGUGGCGCUGGUGCCCCUGGCCAUGUCCUACGAGCUCCUGCCCGAGGACGAGAGCCUUUACCGAGAGAUCUGCGGACUCCCUCGGGAUCCUCUCCGCACCCUGGACCUGGUUUGGUGGGUUUUAAGAGGCCUCCGAGGGGAGCUGCCACCCUUGGGGGAGGCCUUCAUGCGCUUCGGCGUCCUCCACACCUUAGACGCCUCGGCCAACGUGGACUCCCUGGUGUCGGAUGUGCAAAGGGAGCUGGUGGAGCUUUCCUCGGUGACCACGCUGCACUGCCGUGCCCUUGGGGAGGUCUUGGGCUUCGAUGCUGGGGAGGUCGUGGGCUCCUUGGAAGGCCAGGUGCCUCUGCGAAACUCCUGCGUCCCAGACAAGCCCGGCCCAAUGCCCCCAGCGGAGUGCUGGCCGCUGGUGUUGCAGGCCGCGACCUUGAGCCCAAUUCGGCGCCGCCUGCCACGCCACUGGGGCCGAUGGCUGGUGGAGGGUCUGGCAGAAGAGGUAGCCAACGGGAAAGAGACAGGUGCCCAAGCCGAGAGCAAGUUGGCAACGGGGGGUGCACUGGAUCUGGCGGCGCUUGCAACCGCUUUCGAGUCCCACCUCCUGGCUGCGGAAAAAGCCGCGGAGCAGGCCAGCGACGUCUUGCGACAGAGCGGCACCGUGGAGAUCACAGAAGAGCACUUGGUGCAGCAGCUCCUUUCCGACGGCGCGCCCCAAGUGCCUCCGCCUUUGGCCCAGGGGGCUGCGGCGAUCGUGGCCUCCCGCUUCAAGUCCACCCGAGGCUCCGUUGGGGCCUCCGUGAAAGGCAAGCAGCCUGUCCGAGGUUCCGUUGCACCGGUCACCCCUUUGUGGCCGGCGCAUGAGGCUGACCAGCUGAAGAACGAGGAGUCCCUAGAUCGCUGGGGCUUCAAGGACACCAAGUUUGUGGCUCAGUAUGUGGACGGAAAACCGGCCGCGCAAAUCUCCUCCCAGAGGUACAAGGCCUUCGGCCGCCAACCGCUCUUCCGACUGUGGGAUCUCUUCCAGCGUCAGCUCGCCGUCCCCCUCAACGUGCGUGACAUGAUCGCCGAUCGCCCGAUGCCGGAACUGCCGAAGGUUGCGGAGGGUUUGGCGGAGGUCUUGGGAAAGGUCUUGCCUUCUGGCAGGGCGCACUUCGAUCCCGAGUCCCGGAUCCGGGCAGGAACCGGUCAUGGCCUCGCAGAUAUCUGGCGUCUCCGCACUCGGCAGAUGGUGCGCUUCGCAGAUGCCGUGGUUUCUCCAAUCAGCGAGGAGGAAGUGCAGGCUUUGCUGAAAGCCGCGGUGGACUUCAACCACGGAAAAGGUUUCGGUGUCAUACCCGUUGGUGGCCGGACGAACGUCACCUCGGCCACGUUGUGUCCGCCCAAGGAAGUCGACCCUAGACCUUUCGUGGCUCUCGACAUGCGCGGCCUGGCUAGUGUGCUUUGGGUGAACGCAGAAGAUGGUGUUGCCAUGAUCGAGGCAGGAAUCACUGGCAUGAACCUAAAGGAUGCACUGAAGCAGCAUGGGGUCACCAUGGGCAUGGAGCCGGAUUCGAUGGAGCUCUCAACGCUCGGAGGUUGGAUUGCAACCCGGGCUAGUGGGAUGAAGAGGGCCCGCUACGGCAACAUCGAGGACAUGGUCCUGGAGGUGCGCGUCGUGACGCCCACUGGGCCGAUUUGGCAACGGCACGGUGAUCCUCGAGUCCCUGCCCAGUCGCAGACCGCCAUCGGCCGGGCCUCCACCAACAUCGGCUUGCCGUCUCUGGUGCUGGGCAGCGAGGGUUGCCUGGGGAUCAUCACUUCCGCAGUGGUCCGUGUGCGGCCCUUGCCUGAGGUUGUGGAAUAUCAGAGCAUCGUGUUCCCGGACUGGGACCGGGGUGCAGCCUGGAUGCGCGAGGUGGCCCGGAUGCCCGCUGGGCUGCGCCCGGCCUCGUGCCGUUUGAUGGAUCAGAACCAGCUGGAGCUCGCGCAAGCGCUGAAGGAAGGCUCGGAGCAGAAGACCGCGACUAGCAACCUCCGGGCAAGCCUCCGGGAGGCCUACCUGUACUGCAAAGGGGUGUCGCUGGCGCAGGCAUCUGCGGCAACCUUGGUUUUCGAGGGCACUCAUGCCGAAGUGAAGCUCCAGAUGAAGGAGGUCAGCAAGCUCGUGUCUAAAGCAGGCGGGAUUUGGGGCGGUGCCUCUUCGGGGGCAGCUGGCUACACGCUCACCUUUGCAAUCGCCUACUUGCGAGACUUCGGGCUGGACUACCGCAUCUUAGCAGAGUCCUUGGAGACCAUGGCACCUUGGUCGGCCAUCCAUCAGGUCUGGCCCAAGGUCACGGCCUCCGUGGCCCAGAAGCAUCGGGAGUUGUGCCUGCCGGGCAGGCCCUUCAUGUCCUGCCGCAUGACGCAGCUCUAUGACGAAGGAGGUGUCUUGUACAUGUACAUUGCAGUCUGCACGAAUGGCCUGGAGCCAAAGCGUGCUCUGGAGGCCUUUGAGAGUUUGGAGCACACAGCUCGAGAAGCCAUUUUGGAUGCUGGGGGCUGCUUGAGCCACCACCAUGGCGUCGGGAAGCUGCGAGCCUCUCUCCUCCCCCAAACACAAUCCCCAGCACUGACCCAGGUGCUUCGGGACUUCAAAACAGCCCUGGACCCGUCAAAUGUACUGGCUGCCGGAAACGGCAUCUGGGCUGCUUCUCCUGCUGAAGACUCCGAUGACCUGCACAGCAUUGAGAGCGAACCUUUGCAGUCGAGCAUGAGCUGA